AUGGAGCAAGAGGGCCAGGGGUGGUCCAUGCUGGUCUUGUUGGACUCGAACGUGCUCGCCUGUGUACUUUGCUACCUUUCUGUCCAGGACUUGGCAAACGUGGCUCGUACGUGCCGGGCGCUACAUCGCGAGUCGGAGUGCGACGUGGUCUGGUGCACCCGCUCGCUCUUGCGCUUCGGGUCGGACUUCUGGGGCGAGACCGCCGGCCACCACCCCUACCACGUGGUGCCCAAGGAGUCGAACGAGUGGCAGCGCCGCCCGGCUGCCGAUGUGUUCGGCCUCUACGCGGCCCGCCACCAGCGCCCGGCCUCUACUGCCGACGAAAGCGUCAGCGAUACCACCGACCACGGCGAUGGCGACGAUGCUGAGAGGCGAGUGGAUCGAGCGCUCCACGAGUUCGUCCGACGCCACGCCACGCGCGAGGGCUACGGCGGCUGGAAGAGCGUCUACAGAAGGUUGCAUGACAUGGUUGACCAUCUGCGACGGCCGGCAUACGCGGGCGUGAUCGUGGCCGGGCUGCCCAGCUUCGCCACGCUCUCGAACAUCGCCGAACACAUCGCGCCCACCGUCAUCGCGAGCACAGUGGGGGAGCAACGAUGUGACGAUGCAAGUCGAGGCGGAUCUGCUGAGCCCUGGAGGCGAGUGCCGGGUGGCAAGGCUCGCGUUCAAGGGCACGUGUUGGUGGUCUCCCGAACCCAAUGA